AUGAUGGUCCAUUUUUUCGAUCUCAACCUCAGGCACAGCGCAAAGUUUGGAUGGAGACUGGACAGCGUAGCCCAUUGCUUCACUGCACUGGAGCGCCUGACCCUCACAGAUCCUGUGAAAUCAGAUCUACCAUCGCUCAGCUCUUUCUCUCGCCUCAGUCAUCUUGCGAUCGAGGGUGGCACCUUUGGCACUGGUGAUGCAGUACUCUUGGGCCAGAUGACAAACCUUUCAUGCCUUGAGUUGAUUCGUUGCAGUGGAAUCAGGUACGACCUGAGGCUUUCCUCUUUGGUGGGUCUCACAAGAUUGCAGCUGUGGCAUUGUGAUGUAGUUUUGGAUCACAGCAUCGCUGGCCUGGCAAUGCUCCCGGCUCUGACAGAUGUCAGUCUCUCUGGCUCUGGGAUCUCGAAUGUAGGGAUCAGCCGCCUGGCAGCAAUCACAGGCUUGGCAAAGGUUGCUGUGUCGCCACGGUAUAAUCUCGUUCACAGAGCUGUCACAGAUAAUGGGGCCAGGUUCCUGGCAGAGAUGACUAAUCUGGAGGUGCUAGAUAUCUCAGACUGCCAGGGCAUCAGUAACUAUGGGGUGGCGCUCCUGAAGGGUUUGACUAAUCUGACAGAGCUACAUCUACCAACAGGGGUAUCUGAUGCUGGGCUGGAGGCACUUGGUGCGCUUACUGCUGUGACACACAUUGCCCUCCCCGAUGAACUUUCUGACGAUGGCUUCAGGUUUUUGUCACACUUCCCCAAGUUGUCCAAAGUUAGUGUGACUUUGAGCAGAAGCGUCUCCUGCACAACUGUAAAGAGUAUUGCCGACUUGGAGUGCCUCGUUGACUUGAGCAUUUUGAGUAAGUCAUGCAUCACCAGGGAUGGCUUUGAUGCAUUAUCGGCACUGACAGUGCUGACCGCUUUAAAUAUUGGCCCAGUGGGAGGAGAUUGGAAUUUCCAGUCGCAUUACGAGUUGACCGACAUGGACAGCAUGGCGGCUCUGACAAAUUUGAGAACCCUGACCCUGUGGCACCCUUCCAGAAUGAGUGUGGACAUCAAUUUUAUGGCAAUGUUGACAGGCCUGACAAGACUGCGAAUCUCUCCUAUAUAUUAG